CAAAGUGGAAUAUAUUCCAGCCGUUGUCAUGGCGGCAACAACUGGAAUUAAAUUUGAUGAUGGAUCUGGUCAUUCUAUAACAAAUUGUUUCCCCGUUAGAAACUAUAAUAGUAGUGGAGGAGCUUGGGUAGUAGAACAAAAAGCGGAGCAAAGAAGACGAUUUAAAGCAGUAUUAUGUGCCAAUCCAAGAACUUUCGAGGAUAUAAGAGAGGAGCGUAAAAAAGCUGAAAGAACAGGGACAGACUUUCAAGCGCCUUCAGUUCCUCCAGCUACUUCAAGGAAAGAUAACGAUGACGAGGAUGACAUAAAAAUAUUGGACGGUUUCUUUUUGUUAAAGCAUUGCUUUGUAGAAGAUCCAACAGAUCUAUGCUCAGUUAACAUAAGUGGCUGUGGCUUAACAGACGUGAAAGAGGAUGAUUUAGUAUUAUUUGAUAAUGUUAUUUACGUAAAUGCUGCUGAUAACGUACUACAGUUGGAAUCGUUAAAAAACUUCUCUAUGAUGAGGGAAUUGGAGUUAUCUUUAAAUGGCUUAAGAAAUAUUAAGAUAUCACCAGAAAACUUCAAUGAGCUUAGGGUUUUGGACGUUUCCUAUAAUAAUCUUAGCAGAGACGAUAUACUAUACUUGGGUGUACUAAGGAACUUACAAGUUUUGCAUUUAUCUUCGAAUAAUAUAGAGAGAUUACCUUUGGAUAUGAGUAGACCAUUCGUUAUUGGCCAAUCAAGUUUCAAAAGAUUUCCAAAUUUAGAGGUAUUACUGCUAGACGACAAUAGUAUGUCAGACAUGGAGAAUUUUGGUCCUCUGGCUGGCUUAACUGAAUUAAAAGAAUUAGAUUUAUCUCGAAAUAAAUUCGAAUUUGUACCACAUUUAUUAAUUGCUGAAGGCCGUCAUAUUACGAAAGAUAGUAUUCCGUUAAAUAAAUCAAAGAGUGCCAGAGAACAUACAAAUGGACCAGAUAAUAAAAAACAAACUUGUUUAUCAGCUCCUCAAUCUAAAGCUGCUAGUUCUCCAUCAAAUCCGACACCGUUGAGGGAAUCGUUAAUGGGAGAGCUGGAGGCCCUUGAUCUCAAUGAGGUUGACGAGAAAAUAGAACAGGAAGAAAUUGAAGAACAAUUAAAGGACAGUCUUCCACCACCUUUCCUUUCGUUAAGAUUAUUAAAUAUGGGCCAUAAUUUGAUUACACGAGAGGAAGCUUUGAUGCCUGUUGCUGCUUGGCCCAAUGUGCAAGAAUUGCUUGUGCAUGGAAAUCCUUUAGUAACCGAACAUUCUGGAGAUCCUGCUUUGUUGAAACAAUUUCUCGUAGAUCAUCUUGGCAUACAGUUAAUUAGAAAGGAGCCUCCAAAAUCUAUUAAGCCUACUAUAGAAAUACCCACUAAAAAGGAGAGAUUUGUAUCUGGUAAAGUUCGAAAAGUUCGUAAAGUUCCCGUCGAAGAUUUAUUGGCUAUUGAGGCGCCAACGCCCCCGUUAAAUUUAUUAUCUUCCCCAACGAAGCAGCCUCUCCCGCCAAUUCCCCAAAGCCCUAAUACGGAAGAGAAUAAACAGGAGCAUGAUGAAUAUUACGACGACUACGAGGACUAUGAAGAAGGGUCGGAUGUAAUUAACUAUGGAGAUUACAGAACUCCUGACUCUGGACCGCAUACAGUAGAAGGACAAAAUCUUAUUGGCGAAAAUGGCGAUGCAUUCUUUAUGACGCAAUUAGAAGAACCAAUUGAAGAGCUCUCAGAGCAAGGCUCGGGAAAGCGAGAUGAUAAAGAGAGAAAGAAUGAGAAAUACAAAGGGCAGACACCAAUUAAAAGUGAUAAAGAAAAGUUAAUGGAACUGUUGGAGAUGACAGAGGAUGAGCAACUCGCAGUAGACACAGUUAACUUGCCUGAUAAAUCCGACGUUGCCGCCAAUGUACGAGCAUUGAACUACCUGCUUAAUCAUCCUUUACAAUUGAAAGAACGCAACAUCUCCUUACGCAGACCUCAAGUACCCUUCAGACCGGAAAUGAAGCCGCGCCCACCCGCUGAAGUAAAUCCCAGAAAGAGCCGAUUAAAACAAAAAGAGGAGGCUCUUAAACAAAUGAAGAAUAGAAAAACAUAUAAGGAAGCACCGCUAACUGACACCUUGAAAGAUGAUAAAUUAGCAAAAGACUUUCCCGACGCGGCUAAAUUGUUAAAAAGGAUUGAAAGACGAUAUAACAAAGCAAAAAUCGAUACAAUGCAAGAAGCAACAGAACUUCGAAGUUUGGUUAGGAGUACUAUUGAAAAAGUGGCUCCACCCACCUAAUAUAGGAUGUUUUUUCAAUUAAAAAAAACUGUGCCAACAAUGUACUGUGAUAAUAAAACUUUUAUCAAGAAUAUAUAUUAAAUAUAUAUCAAAUACAGCCAAAUAUAAGAAA